AUGCCGCCAAAGAAGGGAAACAAGAAGAAGAAGCAGGACGACUACUGGCAAUCGAACGAUUUCGAGCAGGACCAGGAGGCCCUUGGUAUCAGCAGUACCCCUGCCCCCGAGGCCGAGGCCGAAGCCGCGCUGUACGUCCCCGACCACGUCGCUCGCGACGAUGACGAUGGUGACAGUGGACUCAUGGGCCUGAUCGCCAAGGCUGCUAAAAAGAAGGCUGUCCCCAAGAAGGCUGACACUCCUGAGCCCGAUCUGGACGACGAUCUGGAUGACGGAGAGCCCGUUGUCAGGAUCAAGACCAAGAAGGAAAAGGAAAAGGAGAAAAAGGAGCGUGAGAAGGAGAAGAAGCGUCUUGCUGCCGAGAAGGCAAAGAAGGACAACCCUACCCCCGCCCCUGCCCCCAAGGCCGAUAAGGCUCCUGAACCAACCCCCGCCCCUGCUGCUGCUGCUCAGGAUGACGACGAGGAUGAGGAUGAGGAUGAGGGACCAAAGUCUAAGAACAAGAAGAAGAAGAAGAAGGCCGCUGCCGCUGUCAAGGAGGAGGUCAAGCCCAAGAAGAAGGGACCCGCCGGUCUCGGAGCCCUCAAGGCUUUGUUGGAGAAGCAGAAGGCUGAGGAGGAGGAGGCUCGCCGUAUAUUCGAGGAGCAGCAGCGCGCUGAGGAGGAGCGUAUCCGCAAGAUCGAGGAGGAGGAGGCCGCUAAGGCUGCCUUGAAGGCCAAGAAGAAGGAGAAGGAGAGGGCCAAGCUGGAGCAGAAGCGCAAGGAGGGUACUCUUUUGACCAAGGCCCAGAAGGAGGCCAAGGCCAAGGCCGAGCUCCGCAAGCAGCAGCUCUUGGAGUCAGGAGUUAUUGUCGAGGGUCUCGAGAAGGCCGACGACGAGGAGCCCGACAAGAAGAAGAAGGUCGUCUACGGCAACAAGAAGAAGAAGGGUCCUCAGGCCCAGACCCCUCCUCCUUCGUCCCCCAAGAUCGUUGCGCCCGAGAUUAUCACCCCUGUCUCGGCUGCCGUUUCGGAGAAGGAUGAGGAGAGUGCUGAUGACUGGGAGGCCGCCGCCGAGAAGGACGAGGUCCCCGCCCCUGAGGAGAAGAAGGACGAGGACGACGUCAAGGACAGCUGGGAUCAGAGCGAGGAGGAGGAUGUUAAGGACAGCUGGGAUCAGAGCAGUGAUGAGGAUAGCAAGAAGGCCAAGGCUGUUCCCACUAAGGCUGCUCCCACUAAGGCUGCUCCUGCUAAGGCUGCUCCUGCUAAGACUGCUCCUGCUAAGGGUGCUCCUGCCAAGGCUAAGGGUGCCAAGGGUGCCCCUGCCAAGAAGGGCGUUCCUGUCAAGAAGCAGCCCGAGCCUGAAUCCGAGUCCGAGUCCGAGUCUGAGGAUGAUUCUGAUGACUCUGAUGAUGACUCUGACGACUCUGACGAUUCUUCGGACUACUCUGACUCUGAUUCCGAUUCUGAGCGGGAAACCUCGACCGCUCUGGCUGUGCGUCUCCGCAAGGAAGAGGCAGCUGUCCGCAGAAAGGCCCGUGUUGCCGCCGCCAUGGCCGCGCGUUCCAAAGAUGACCUGCGUUCGCCUAUUUGCUGUAUUUUGGGACACGUCGAUACAGGAAAGACCAAGCUUCUGGACAAGAUUCGUCAGACCAACGUUCAGGAGGGCGAAGCCGGAGGAAUUACCCAGCAGAUCGGAGCCACCUUCUUCCCCUUGGAGACCAUCAAGCAGAAGACUGCAGUUUUGAACAAGGACGGAUCCAAGGAGUACAAGCUGCCUGGUCUCUUGGUCAUCGAUACCCCCGGACACGAGUCCUUCACCAACUUGCGCUCCCGUGGUUCGUCGCUCUGUAACAUUGCCAUUUUGGUCGUCGAUAUCAUGCACGGUCUCGAGCCCCAAACCCUCGAGUCUCUCAAGUUGCUUCGUGACAAGAAGACUCCUUUCAUUGUCGCCCUGAACAAGGUCGAUCGUCUCUUCGGCUGGAAGGCCAUCCCCGACAACUCGUUCGUCGAUUCGUUGUCCCAUCAGUCUGAGUCCGUCAAGCGCGAGUUCGAGACCCGUAAGAACGCUGUCAUCACAGCCUUCCAGGAGAACGGAUUGAACGCCACCCUCUACUACGACAACAAGAACUUGGGCAAGUACGUCUCGCUCGUCCCCACAUCUGCCCACACUGGAGAGGGUAUCCCCGAUAUGAUCAUGUUGUUGGUCGAGCUCACCCAGACCCGUAUGAGCGAGCGUCUGAUGUACAUUUCCGAGCUCGAGUGUACAGUCCUGGAGGUCAAGGUUAUCGAAGGUCUCGGAACAACGAUCGAUGUUGUCUUGUCGAACGGUGUCCUGAGGGAAGGAGACCGUAUUGUUCUCUGUGGUCUAAACGGAUCAGCAAUCGCGACAAACGUCCGUGCGCUGUUGACGCCUCAGCCAUUGAAGGAGUUGCGUGUCAAGUCUGCAUACGUCCAUCACAAGGAGGUCAAGGCCUCGCUCGGAGUCAAGAUUUCCGCCCCCGAUCUGGAAAAGGCCCUUGCCGGAUCCCGUUUGAUGGUUGUCGGACCCGAUGAUGAUGAGGAAGAGUUGAAGGAUGAGGUUAUUUCCGAUCUCACGUCGCUGUUGUCAUCGAUCAACAAGUCUGGACACGGUGUCUGUGUCCAGGCCUCGACUCUCGGUUCCUUGGAGGCCUUGCUCGAGUUCUUGAGGGUGUCGAACAUCCCUGUCUCUGGUGUCAACAUUGGACCCGUCCACAAGAAGGAUAUCAUGCGUGCCAGUACGAUGUUGGAAAAGUCCAAGGAGCUGGCCUGUUUGCUCUGUUUCGAUGUCAAGGUCGACAAGGAAGCUGAGCAGAUGGCUGAGGAGAUGGGCAUCAGGGUCUUCAAGGCCGACAUUAUUUACCACUUGUUCGAUCAGUUCACAGCCUACCACAAGCAGCUCACAGAGGAGCGUCGCAAGGACCAGGCCCCUUCGGCCGUCUUCCCCUGUAUCCUCAAGAUGGUCCCCGGAGCCAUCUUCAACAAGAAGGAUCCUAUUGUUAUCGGAGUCGAUGUUUUUGAGGGAGUCAUGAAGACCGGCACGCCACUGUGUGUGAUCAACAUCAACCCCGAGACCAAGGCCAAGGAGAUUGUGUCGUUGGGCAAGAUCACGUCGAUGGAGAUGAACCACAAGGUUGUCGAUACUGUCAAGAAGGGAGGCUCUGGAGGAGGAGUUGCCAUUAAGGUCGAGUGUGCUGUCUACGAGAACGCAAAGACCUUUGGACGCCACUUCAACGAGCAGUCCGAGCUCUAUUCCAUGAUCUCGCGAGAGUCCAUUAACAUCUUGAAGGAGUCCUUCCGUAACGAUCUUUCAAAGGAGGAAUGGGCCCUCGUCGUCAAGCUCAAGGGAAGGUUGGACGUUGUUUAA